CGCAAAACCUCACACGCCACCACCGCGACAAACCCCAUACCGCUGACGAAAAUUUCCAUCCCAUUGGAUGAAUAUAUAAAAAAACAAAAGGUGCCAAUCAUCGUCUGUUCCACCAAGGCAACAAGGUGGUGGCGUGUGUAGUGGAGACCAAAGGCGGUAUCAUAGAAACCCCACUCUUUGGUAUUAGGCCACCCACCCCCCUUAUCGGCAUGACUCCCCUUCUUCUGCCUUCAUGCUGUUGCCGUUCGCCCUACUGUGGCCUGCAACAAAACGUCGAGUCCGGCGAGGCAUCGAUGCCGAAAUCGACGUGCAGGGCAAUCCAUCGAGCAACGUGGGGAACUCCCACACCCUGACUUGUCUCAUGCCGGGCUCUACGCCGCAUAUGGAGGAAGGGAAAAAGGUAUGCAAUAAAGGUAUAAAUGCCUUGACGUCGCCGUGUCUUUGUAGUCCACCUGAUCAUGUCCCCGUACAUAUAUAUCCAGGCACAUAUCGCCCAUGCGAGCCUGUCGCAUCACACGGCUGCCUCAAAGGAAUGGCUGUCCACGACGCAGGUUUUUGGACGGCUGCCAGACAAUAUUAAAAUCUCGCUUAUGGGGACUUCACAGAUAUAGGACACAGACAUAAAUUGGGCUGUUUAUAUAUGGAUGAUCGCAGACAAAAUCACACGGCUGCAGCACCUGGGUCAGGCCUCUUCAGCUCGAAGCUUACACAGCACAACCCUCUCAAGCUGAGAAAU